CAUCACAAUACUGUGUAGCCCUCUGAGCUAAAGCCUAGGACCACUGGCCAUAUUAGAUUCCCUAAACCUGCUUUGUGCAUUUUUCCAUGUAAAAGCCAUAAACAUCUUUAUCUAACCUACAUUCUAUUAAUUAUGUAAAGGGCAGGUGCUCAGAGGAUAUGUUCCAAAUGGCACCCUAUUCCCUACAUGGUUCACUAUGGGCCCUGGUCAAAAGAAGUGCACUAUAUAGACAAUAGGGUGCCAUUUGGGAUGCAUAAUUAUCAUUGGCUUUAGUAAUUCCAGUGACAUACACUUUUUUCCUAUAAUCUCGCAAAUCUCCAUUUUGGACGAGACUGACUUUAUGACCAAAGUUAUCCUAUUUACACUUUGUAGUCAAUGUUGACACUAGAAUAAAUGUUUCUGUCUCAUAUCGAUGCCACACAGGACAUUUUCUAAACGAGAAGUGAUAUUUCAGGGGCAGUCGUGCUUUAAUAAAAGGGAGCAUAGAAAUAUCAGAAAUAGAACAUAUAUACCGCUUCUCAGACUUGCUUUCAUUGAGAAUGACAGAUCUAUAACGUACAUUUCUACGUGAAUUUGGUAUUGUCUCCCAAAAAGCUACAUAACCAACUGUGUAGCACAUUGUUAUUCAUAGCUAAAAGGAAGUCUGUCAGACACACUUGAGAGCUUAGAAACUUGCUACGCGAGGCUACAUUUUCUAAAUCAUGGGCAAACUGUCUGUCUUUUUGUUUGUUCUUUCCUUUUGCACCAUAGUCAAGUCAGGUUCAGGAUCACAUUCUCUGUGGGCACUUGCAACAUAUAUAAGUGGAGAGACACCUUUCCCUGAGUUUACGGUUGUGGUGAUGUUGGAUGAUGUUCAAGUGACUUACUAUGACUCCAACAUGAAACACUUCAUCUACAGGGGUCAUAACACCUCAGACAAAAUACAUGAGGACGAAGCUCAGGAUGGAGCUUAUGUAUUCAGAAUUAUGUACCACCACAUGAAGGAGAGAUACUUUCACCUAAAGCACCACUUGAAUCUCACGGAAGGUGUUCAAGUUCAGCAAAGAAUGGCUGGCUGUGAGAUGUUUGACAAUGGUGAACCAGCCCUGAUCAUGACAAAGAACACUUUCAAUGCAGUUUUUGUAGAUCAUGCAAUAUAUUACAACAUGACACAUUUUACAUAUGAUGCUGGUCAACUACUUCAAGGAUGGGAUGGAAUGAGGCAAUUACAGGAAAAAAUUCUUUAUGAGAAUGUUUUACUUACUCUUUGCAUCAGAACACUGAAGACAAUCCUGAAGAGAGAGAAGAACGUUGUGAUGCGUAAAGUUCCUCCCAGACUCAGGUUGAUAAAGAAAGAGGUUUCUGGAGGGUUUCAGGUGAGCUGCCUAGCAUUUGGUUUCUACCCCCGCCACAUCAACAUGACCCUGCUGAGAGACGGCCAGCCAGUGGCAGAACAGGAGCUGACAGGGGGGGAGGUGCUGCCUAGUGGAGAUGGGACCUACCAGCUGAGGAAGAGUCUGGAGGUCAGUACUGAGGAGCUAAAGAAGAGACACAACUACACCUGUACUGCCUCUCACCUCAGUCUGGACAACAAGCUGGAUGUCAGUUGGGAGUCUGGGACAGAGAGAGUUCACCUAUCCACCCUCUCAGUUCUACUGGUGAUGCUGCUGGUUGUUAUUCUAUUGGGCAUUUUCAUUUGUGUCAAAGGGAGGUGGAGUAACACUGCCUCACAGUCUAAACUGGUCAAUGUUGAUGCAACAGUGUCAGAGGAAAUUAUCCUGUCUUCAGAUUCUGAGACCUGAUACAUUUUUGGGACACUGAUGCACCUUUGUCGAUUCAGCUCAAAUCACAAUGAAAAUAUGACUGCCAGAGCACCUAUCAGAGCAGACACAAAAUGCAUGAAUGAUUGUUAUGGUCAGUCAAUCUUCCCUUACCCUCAAUAGAGAACUGUAAAGGAUCAGUUUGGGGAGACGUAACCAACAUCUGGGCAUAAGUCCAGAGCUGUCAUUUCCAAUCAUGACUAUUCAUUAAUUUCAGAAUGUACUCUAUAUCUGUGCUGUAUCAGCUGAUAUCCAGUAUCUUACCCAGAAGGAGAAUCAUGUGAUCAUGUGUAUGAGGUCUGUUUGUUAUUGGAAUGUCUUUACAGUCUCUGUGUUGUAUUGUAUGUAGUGUAUGUUCAUCAUUACUGCACAACAAUACAUGUAUUACAGACAGUAAAAUGUAGCCUAAUCGAUUAAUGGAUUGAUUCAUGCCUACAUUUCCACUUUAAGGCUGGACCACAACAAUAAACAUAUGAUUUUUAAUAUAAGAUCUAGUUCAACUAUUAUUUUAUGAUGAACACUGAAUGGUAUAUCAAAAGGCUGCAAAGCCAGUGUCUCCAUUCCACAUUCUAAAUAAGUAUCCUUCCAUGUUACCUUCUUCCUAAUGAACCCAGCUAGGUUAGAACCUAGGUUCUUCUGUGUUAGCCCUCUGAGCCAAAUCCCACAACCCCUGACAAAAUUCCUAAACUUGCUGCAAUUUUAGAUAUAAAAUAAACAUCUACAUCUUAUCUACAUUUCAUUACUGACAUAAAGGGCAUGUGCACAAUGUCUGUGAUCCAAAUGGCACCCUAUAUAGUGCAUUAUGGGCCCUGGUUAAAAGUAGUGCAUUAUGUAGGGAAUAGGGUGCCAUUUGGGACAUAUCCGUAUUUACUGUGUAACUGCUUUCUUCCGCUGAUGGAGAGGAGGACCAAAAUUCAGCGUCGUUAGUGUUCAACAUCUUUAAUAUAGACGAUCAACGAGAACACUACAAAAUACAAAACAAUAAAUGUGAAAACCGAAACAGUCCUAUCUGGUGCAAUGACACAAAGACAGAAGACAAUCACCCACAAAAUACCCACAGAAUAUGGCUGCCUAAAUAUGGUUCCCAAUCAGAGACAAAGAUAGACAGCUGCCUCUAAUUGAGAACCAAUCUAGACAACCAUAGACCUACAAACUACCUAGAAAGGAAACAGCCCCAGAAACAUACAAAAACCCCUAGACCAGGUGAACACAUACCUUCCCCAUGUCACACCCUGACCUAACCAAAAUAAUAAAGAAAACAAAGGUAACUAAGGCCAGGACGUGACAUACUGGCUUUAGUCAAUUAAGUUCCCCAGGUCUGCACACUCCAAUGUUUUACCAUUUAAACACCUAAAGGUAGAAAAAAAGCUUAAUUGUAUUUGUCUUGGAGACUGAUGCCUAAUAAAGAGUUAAUGUCAUUUGUCAAUCUGAAA